AUGGCAACGUCAGUAUUGAUCCUUCGCAUAAUGGAGAAGGAACUCGGGUUCGACACGAAAUCUCGUGUGAAUGUAACACUUGGACAUAGCUUGGGCGAGUUCUCUGCUCUGGUCGCUGGUGGCUAUCUUAAGUUCAGAGACGCUCUAAGAUUGGUUCGCCGUCGGGCGGAGAUUAUGGCUGAAUGCACCCGUCAAGCCUCUAAACAAUCCGGAGAAGACUAUGGCAUGGUAGCUCUGAUCUGUGAGCCGGAUCAUCUCGAAUCUCUGCUUUCGACCAUAUAUGAAUUUACAGGUCAUCCAUCCCCCGACCUAAAGGAUGAUUCGAGCCACGGAUUGCCCACAAUUCAACAAGUUAUGGUUGCCAACAUCAACUCCAAAAACCAAAUAGUACUAAGUGGAAGCAUUUCAAGGAUCACAACUCUUCUCAUCCAGCUUCGCCAAUUCGGUGGCCACGAUCCACGUGCUGUGAGGUUGAAGAGCGAAAGUCCGUUCCACAAUCCCAUCAUGGCGCCAGCUGCAGGGUAUAUGAGACAUGAACUAGAAUACGUCGACAUUGACUUUCCCGCACAGCUGCCGUGUAUAUCAAACGUCUCUGGUCUACCCUUCGAAUCGAGGGACGAUUUGAAAAGCCUUUUAUCUAGACAAUGCGUUGAAACUGUUAAAUGGUGGGACAGUAUUCGUUAUCUUGAUCAAGAUCGAGGAGUCAAAAGAUGGAUUGGCAUUGGACCAGGCAAGGUCGGCAGAAAUCUGGUCGGCAAGGAAGUUGGUAAGAUCAACACCAAAGGAGGUGGCGUUUGGGCCCUUAGUGAUCCUCGAGAGCUAGAGAAUGUUUUGAUGGCGCUGCGAAACACCGAGGUCGAUGUCUUAUCUCAAUGA